GCAGAAGACCGGAGGCGCGCGGCUGGAAGGCGGGUCGGGUCGGCUCGGCGGGGUGGGUGAAGGGAUUUGGCUUAGGAGGGCUGCGGUAGGCGCCACUUCUUGGUGUCGGAGAGGGUGUCUUCGCGGCGCUCACCUCGAUUCCUGGAGUUCCGGGUGCUACGUGGCGACCACCUUUGCGCCGAGCCAGCCGGCCGUGUGGAGGAGCACCGUGGAGAGGAGCCGCUCCUGGCCUGGUGAGCUGCGUCGCCCGCGGAGCACUCUGGGACUUGUAGUUCUGGAGAUGGAGCGCGCUGUGCCGCUCGCGGUGCCUCUGGGUCAGGCUGAGGUGUUUCAGGCCCUUCAGCGGCUGCACAUGACCAUCUUCUCCCAGAGUGUCUCACCCUGUGGGAAGUUCCUGGCAGCUGGCAACAAUUACGGGCAGAUUGCUGUCUUCAGCUUGUCUGCUGCUUUGAGUUCAGAGGCCAAAGAGGAAAGUAAAAAGCCUGUGGUGACCUUCCAAGCCCACGAUGGACCUGUCUACAGCAUGGUCUCCACCGAUCGACAUCUGCUCAGUGCUGGGGACGGGGAGGUGAAGGCCUGGCUGUGGGUGGAGAUGCUCAAGAAGGGCUGUAAGGAACUGUGGUGUCAUCAGCCCCCAUACAGGACCAGCUUGGAAGUGCCGGAGAUCAAUGCUUUGCUACUCAUCCCCAAGGAGAAUUCCCUCCUCCUGGCGGGGGGUGACUGCCAGUUGCACGUUAUGGAUCUUGAAACUGGGACCUUCACGCGGGCCCUUCGGGGUCACACGGACUACAUCCAUUGCCUGGCACUGCGGGAACGAAGCCCUGAGGUGCUGUCGGGUGGCGAGGAUGGGGCCGUACGACUCUGGGACCUCCGCAAUUCAAAGGAGGUCCAGACCAUCGAGGUCUAUAAGCACGAGGAGUGCUCGAGGCCUCACAAUGGACGCUGGAUCGGAUGUUUGGCAACUGACUCAGACUGGAUGGUCUGUGGAGGGGGCCCAGCCCUCACCCUCUGGCACCUCCGAUCCUCCACACCCACCACCAUCUUUCCCAUGCGGGCACCGCAGAAACAUGUCACCUUCUACCAGGACCUGAUCCUGUCAGCUGGCCAGGGCUGCUGUGUCAACCAGUGGCAGCUCAGCGGGGAGCUGAAGGCCCAGGUGCCUGGCUCCUCCCCUGGGCUGCUCAGCCUCAGCCUCAACCAGCAGCCCACAGCGCCCGAGUGCAAGGUCCUGACAGCUGCAGGCAACAGCUGCCGCGUGGAUGUCUUCACCAACCUGGGCUACCGAGCCUUUUCCCUGUCCUUUUGACCUCUAAUGACACCCCACCCCAUCCCAGAAACUUAGAGUGUUUUUUUCU